AUGCACGGGGAUUUUUCUGAAGUACCGGAAAUAAAAGUGUGUGAAAUAUGCGAAGGAAAUAAUGAAAAAAAAGAAAUUCCAGAAGAUGAGUCGGGCCACUUAAUAAUAACAAAGAGGACGGUCAUGCACUGUGCCAAAAUUAUUUAUAAUGUAUUUCUAUUCUCAUUGGCAACUCGCAAGGCAUUUGCAUUAUCGCUUUUCACGGUGGGGUUUGUAAUAUGCAUGAUAUGCAACCAUGCAACAAUGACAACUAUUAACUACCAGGCGGAUACUAUUGACAGUCUGGCCAGGAAUGAGCCAAAUGUUAUGAAAACUGUUAUUCAAAUGGUGGCGUGGGUUACAGUGGCAUCAGUCAUGAGAGAGUUGUACUCCCUCUGCUUUACACUGUUUAUUAACCAUACACUGCAUAAUAUUUCAACUGCACUGUUUUAUAACACCAUAUACACGAUAUCACCUAUUUCAUCCGUUCGCAUUAACAGAAUAAUUGACAGAGGCAACAGAGGAAUACAAAAUAUGCUAAUUAAUAUACUGGUUAAAAUACUUUAUGGGGUGACAAGUAUUAUCAUAAUAUAUAAGAAUCUGAUGGAGAUGGAUUUGAGAUAUGUCUGUGUGAUAACAGGGUUUAACGUAAUAUAUCUGGGUGUAAGCUUUGUCCUUCUUAAGAUCAGGAUAAGGAACAAGACAUUAAUGAACAAAUAUGAUGAUCUCUACAGUAAUAGUAUUAUUGAGUGCCUGGCGAAUAAAGAGUCGGUUGUUGUAAAUAAUACGGAGAAACAGGAAAUAUAUACAUUUGAUCUGCACUUAACCCGGUUCUUGCAAAUAUCCUUCUCAGACAGGGUAGUCGUGGCUGCCUUAAAUGUGUUCCAGAAGUUUAUAUACACUCUCCUGCAUAUAACUCUGAUGGUAUACGUGUACAUGUAUGGAGAGAAUAAGUUGAAUGAUGCAGUCAAGCUUAUGUUUUACUUGAAGAGGCUGGACAGAAAUCUUAUGAAUGUCGCAAUUGCAACAAAAACCGUAUUUGUAAGGUAUGUGGACUGUGAGAUAUACAUAGAGUACAUACAUAAACUAUCAAAGCACAUGGAGCCACCUGUUGUACAAGUAAGUAAAUCUCCCCUACCAUCAUUAAAUGAAGCCGGGCAGAGUAAUAGUCAACUAGAGUAUAAAUAUAAUAGUACAAGCCAAAUGGACAGUGAGAACAGUACAUUCCACACUAACAGAACCCACACAGAGGAAAUUCCAGAGUGCCCCUCUGCUCCGGGCACUAAAAAAGCACCAAAAAGAAAAGUGGCAGUUGAAUUUAAGAACGUAAGUUAUUGGCCAGAGAAUUCAUGUAAAGAGCUCAUUAAAGACUUUUCAUGCAGAAUAUUCGAGGGUGAGAAGGUUUGCCUGAUUGGGAAGAGUGGGAGUGGAAAGACAACUUUACUCUCCCUCCUGCUUAAGCAGAAACCGUACACGGGAAUAAUUGAAGUAUGCGGAGUAGACAUCCGAGAAAUGACGAAAGAUAAUAUCACGGAGAAGAUUGGGAUAGUGCCACAAGAAUCAGCACUUUUUAAUAACACGCUUAUAUACAACACAGAAUACGGAAGUGCGCCAAACCAAGCAAACCUUUCAAGUAUCCUUGAGGACACAGCAGUCAAUGAAAUCGUAGAGUCUAAAAAGAAUGGAUAUGAUUAUACGGUGGGAGUAGCAGGAAGAAACCUGUCCGGUGGCGAAAAACAAAGAGUAUGCCUGGCCAGAUGCUUAUUAAGAGACACGGGCAUAAUUAUCCUGGAUGAAGCCACGUCUAAAUUAGACUGCCUAACUGAAAAUAAAAUAAUCUCCUCACUGUGCAGCCAGAACAGAACAGUGAUUAUAAUCUCACACUCUCCUUUAAUAGCAGAAUUAAUGGAAAGAAUAAUCAUCAUAAAUUCAGAGAAUAAUUAGUCGUAUUAAACCAGCAAGUACCAUACAGUCAAUUUACAGCGUAUACAAGUACAUGGAUAGUCAAUUUACAGCGUAUACAAGUACAUGGUUAGUAUACAUACACUGAAUACUCAGAAACCCAAAGAUUAAAUUUAAGAGCACCGCAUGAGGUGCGUGGUACACCUUGAAUUUAGACGUAUCUCCUAAU